CAUAUAUAACAUAACAUAACAUAAUACUAUAUGUUAUAUAGUGACAAACAUAUAGCCCAAAUUUAGUGUCAAAGUCUUUGGUUUUAAUUAUAAAAGUACGUAUAUGUAUAUAUAUAAGAAAUGAUGGGGAGUGAAAGCAGUGUGAAGCUUCCACCUGGGUUUUACUUUUCUCCAACAGACGAAGAACUAGUCCUUCAUUUUCUCUAUUCCAAGGCUUCUUUACCAUAUCAUCCUAACAUCAUACCUGAACUUCACUUGUCUCACCAUGAUCCUUGGGAAAUAUACGGUAAAGCAUUGUCAAGUGAAAAUGAGCACUACUUUUUCACGGAAGUGAAGGAAAAUAGAAGCACUGAAAAUGGAUAUUGGAAGGAAAUUGGGGUCACAAAACCUAUAAAUAAAUUGGGAAUGAAGAAGUACCUUGUAUUCAACCUUGGGGAAGGAAUUGAAACAAGUUGGGUAAUGGAAGAAUAUCAUAUUUCCUCAUCUCCGGAUGAGAAUUGGAGCAAAUGGGUUUUAUGCAAAGUUUAUGAAAAGGAAAAGAAGAUGUCACAAGAAGGUGCAAGCUGUUGUUAUAGCGAUGAGGAUAUUGAUGAUAAUGGAACAGAUGUGUCAUGGCUAGAUGAAGUUUUUAUGUCCUUAGAUGAUGAUGAUCUUGAUCAAACAAGCCUACCUAAUUAGUUAAUGAUUAGCUUCAAUAUAGUGUAUAUAUUACUCAAUAUUAAUACUUAAUAUUAAUUAGAAUAGAUCUUUGUGCUUGAGGUUUGAAUUUCUA